UUCUAACAUCAACAUUUAUGGCUUUUCUCUCAAACAUCAAAACUCAUGCUAUUUAUCUCCAACAUAAAAAAAUCAUGUUAUUUCUCUCUAACAUUAAAAAUGUAUGCAGUUUCUAACAUGAAAAUUCAUGUUGUUUCUCUCUAACAUUAACAUGUAUGUCUUUUCUCUCUAACAGCAAGAUUUAUGUAUUUUCUCUCUAACAGCAAGAUUUCAUCACAUUUCUCUUAAACAUCUUGAAACUUCACUUUUUUCCUCCAACACAAACUUCAUGUUAUUUCCCCUCCAUCAUGAAACUUAUUUCCCUCAUCAUCAAACUUCAGAGCAACACACGUCCACUCCACUCACGGGGGGGCGUGGCCUCUCAUCCUGGACACGCCCACCAAGUCCCCUCUAGCCCCUCACCGUACCCCCCGCCCGCUCCCCGUGGCGGGAGAAGCCGUGUGCGCUUCCCCACAAGACAGAAUCGAGGAAGUCUUCUCCAGAACCUCCUCAGGACCGGACGCGCUGAAGUCAAGUGGACCCUGCAGGACUCCGGUGAUGCUGAAGUCGUGGUAGGCGCCACAGACCUUGGACCACCUUUAUGGACAUUUGCACACCUUGGCCCAUGUAGCGCGCGCACCCGCCGGAGGAACAAGUGCCGUGCGCGCCCACAGAGCAUCGUCCAUGUUCGGCAUCCAGCGGAGCGGCGGCAGCCUGAAGGAGGAGCCGCUGGUCGGCAUGAACGCCGUCCGGGGCUGGAUGCAGGGGGGCGGCGUGCUGGACGCUCACACGGCCGCACAAAGCGGAGUGGGUCUGGCCCGGGCCCACUUUGAGAAGCAGCCCCCCUCCAACUUGCGCAAGUCCAACUUCUUCCACUUUGUCCUGGCCUUGUACGACCGCCAUGGUCAACCUGUGGAGAUCGAGAGGACCACCUUUGUGGACUUCAUCGAGAAGGAUAAGGAGAGCAGCGGAGAGAAGACUAAUAAUGGCAUCCAUUACCGCCUGCAGCUGCUCUACAGUAACGGCCUCAGGACGGAGCAAGACUUUUUUGUGCGACUCAUCGACUCCAUGAGCAAACAGCCGAUCGUGUACGAGGGCCAGGACAAGAAUCCCGAGAUGUGUCGAGUUCUGCUCACACACGAGAUUAUGUGCAGUCGCUGCUGUGACAAGAAGAGUUGUGGAAAUCGCAACGAGACGCCGUCAGACCCAGUCAUCAUCGACAGGUACUGUGUGUCACUUCCACUUUCUCAAGUACACACACGUGUGGUGCGCAGACACACACACACACACACACACACACACACACAAAGAGACAUGUACACAGAGCUAUGCGUUGACAGCUUGGAGUCAAAAAUCAAUUCUUACAUGUGA